AUGUCCUCCUCCUGCGCCUCCUCGAGUGCGCUCUCUCCCUUUUCCUCUCUGAAGAAGAAGAAGACGAAUCGGGAGAGCGUUGCGUCUCGUCGUUCUUCGCGCGGCGUUCGAUCGUCCUUAGAUCCGUCCCCGUCCGUGGUUGGUCUUCCGAACGAGGACGACUCGAUGAUGAUGAUUUCACCGGCGUCGUCGCCGACGUCACCGAGGAUGAUGAAAGAAGAAGAUACAGAAGAAAGGCGCGUUGUUGUGGUCGUGUUUACGAACUUCAACGAAAACUCGUACUUAAAGUACCCGAAAUCGUUACCAAGGUACAGCGAAGACAAGAAACCCGCCGGGGAAGUGUCGUGGAAGGAGGUGUGGGAACACAUGCGUUUGCGCUUAAAAUGGUCCAACGAGACGUUCGAGACUGUUCUCGUGGACUGCGCGGAUGCGGAGACGGUAUCGAAAGCGAAAGAGGCGUGUUCAAAAGCGACGGCAUUUAUUGCGUGCGAAGUCGGGGAAAGCGAGAGUAUUGCGGAGAAGAUUCGCGAGUUGACCGUAACGGUUCCAACCGGCGUGGUUUGCGGGAAGAGUUCGGCGACGUUGCGGGAUCUGCAAAAGUUACAGUUCAUGCCGAUGCGCGACGCCGGGCACAACGAUUUCUUCGAGUUGCCGUUUGAAACGAGAAGAGAGAAGGAUAAGAAGAAGUUUUUACAGAUGAAAACGUUGUUUGAUAGGAAGAAUCACUUAGACUUACUGUUUAUGAGUUUAGUUUUGAUCGACGCGUGCGAGGUUCCCGGGAUCGUCGUCCCGGAAGUCGCCAUCAAUCAAGAGAUUAACAUCGGCAACGUCUGGUGCAUAGCCUCCAACUGCGGGUCCAAAUUGUUAGACUGUUAUAAAAACCCGCAGUGCAGGAAAAGCUUAGACUGCGUCGACGCGUGUGGAAUGAACGAUCAAGUGUGUACGUACACGUGCAUUCGCUCGUAUCAAAAUCGAGAGUUUGAAUAUCUGGCCAGAUGCAUGUUGCAUUCGCAUAAUUGCUUAGGGAACGACGCGAAACGACCGGAAUUUCCCAUCGUGAAACCGAUGAAAACGUUCCGAGGCGAAGCGUUGACGCACGAAGUCGCCGAGCAAAUCAUGCAAGGACAUUUAGGAACCGAGAGAGACGGGAAGAAAAUCGAGUACUCGUGGCUCGCAGUGGCGGGACAAAACCCGGCGUACGAUCAUUUUCCAGCGCAAUACCAAAUCUGGUACGCCGGUAAAGCGCGAAACUCGUUCUGGUACAAUCCAGUUUUCAAAGUGAACACGUUAGACGGAAAAUCUGUCUGGCGUCGAUCCGACUACCGAUGCAAACGCGAAGACACUCCCGGCACGUUUACGUUUACGUUCAUGGACAACGGCGUCACGUCGAAAGAAUACUGGCGCAUCGUCGACGCCGCGGACGAUUUAUCCUGGGCGUUAUAUUACUACGCCGGCGCGGCCAAAUCUGCCGGUCAAAUGUACGUCGGCGCGGUAUUAGCGUCGCCGGACGGGUUAUGGCCACCAACUCGCGAAAUGGAACGCGUCGAAAAGGCGCUUUGGGAAGGGUGCGGGUGCAAGAUGUGGGAGAUGAUGGAAGUCGAUAACCGACCGGAUGUUAUCGCAAACGCGCCGUUACAGCCGUUACACGACGUCGUCUUGAAACCGUCUCUCAUUCUUCCGUGA